CAUAUCUUAUUGUCAAAAAUGAUUUAGACUGGUUUUGAAAUUAAAAACAAAAAGAAAAGUAUUAUGUUUCAGUAAUGUUUUGUUUUAUUUGUUUUUUUAAUGUUUAAUUAUUUAAGUGAUACUCAAUGAGUCAUUAAAGGUUACAUCUGUUAUUUGAAAAAGUAUCAUGUAAAUAUUGCAAUACAUUAUGACAAUUGAAAAUUUGUAGUGAAUAAAAACGUGAAUUGUUCAGAAUAAAAAUGUCUACCCCACCGCCUCCACAAGCACGCCGCUCAGCUGGUGAUGGUAAAAAAUCAACCCCACCGACUUCCAGUAUUGUUACCAGAAAUGGUGCCCGCAAAGCCAAGAUUCAAACCCGUGCCAUGUCAGCUGGUGCUAGGCCGUCUGCUUCAGUUCUUGCUGCCAAGAAGAAGGCACAACAGAAAAAGAAACAAACUGUGGACACUAUAAUCAAGGAUCACUACCAAAUUGCGAUGGAUUCGAAAAAGAAGGUGAAAGGUCCGACUGGUUUCGUGACAGAGCCCCGUAUGGUGGAGCAUCGAUGCCUUUGGGAUGAGAAGUACCCAGAGUGUCCAGAGAGACUGAUUGGUGUUAUCGACAGAUGCCGUGAACUGAAUUUAAUUGAACAAUGUAUGGAGUUCAAGCCGCGCGCGGCCACGAAGGACGAGUUGAAUGUUCUACACUCGCCGUCCGUGUACGAGAUGCUUGAAACCACACACGACAACAACGAUCUCGAGUAUCUUGAAGAUUUAUCAUCGAGAUACGACGCCAUUUAUAUACACCCUAGCACCCACGAACUUGCUCUCCUAUCAGCCGGCUCGACCAUAGACAUGGUGGACCGGAUAGUGUCGGGCGAGGUGCAGAACGGCGCCGCGAUGGUCCGGCCGCCCGGACACCACGCGAUGCGCUCCGAGCCGUGCGGCUACUGCUUCUAUAAUAACGUCGCACUCGCCGCCAAGCAUGCCAUAGACAAGCAUGGCCUUAACAGAAUAUUGAUCGUGGAUUGGGACGUUCAUCACGGCCAAGCCACCCAGCAGAUGUUCUACGACGAUCCUAGAGUGGUAUAUUUCUCAAUCCACCGGUACGAGCACGGCUCCUUCUGGCCUAAUCUACGGCAAUCGAACUUCAACUACAUUGGUACCGGAGCGGGGAAAGGAUACAAUUUUAAUGUACCACUAAACAAGACCGGAAUGACAGACGCUGACUACCUAGCUAUAUGGCACCAGUUGUUGAUACCAAUGGCUUUAGAGUUCUCACCCGAGCUAAUUAUCGUCUCGGCUGGAUACGACUCUGCUUUGGGUGAUGAAAAGGGCGAGAUGGAGGUAACGUCAGCGUGUUACGCGGCGCUGACGCAGCACCUGGUGGCUGUGUGCAGCCGCGUGUGCGUGGUGCUGGAGGGCGGCUACUGCGUGCCGUCGCUGGCCGAGGGCGCCGCCCUCACGCUGCGUACACUGCUCGGCCACCCGCCGCCACUCCUGCAACCGCUCGUCGAACCAACAAACGAAAUACGGGAGACGAUACUCAACUGUAUAUAUGCACAUAAACCAUACUGGCGCUGCUAUAACUACCAGCCGACGUACAGCAUCGACACCACGGUGCGGAAUGUGUGCGAUGGAGAGAAACAGAAGCAUACAGUGGUGGUGAGGUGGGAAGGAGACGAAACGAGGCCUCCCAAGUACGACACGAGGGACUGCUAUCCGGUACAAGAUGAAGGCACGAAGAGACGUAUUGCUGAACGGCUAAAUCAUUUAAAAUUAGUAACAAACCUAUCGCUGCCCACACACCCGGUUGGUUAUAUCUACGAUGAAGCCAUGCUGAAACAUAAAAAUAUAUGCGAACCCGAUCACGUGGAGUGUCCGGAACGGAUCAUGCGCAUCCACGAGCGGCACCGCGACUACGGGCUGCUGGCGCGCCUGCAGCGACUACAAGCGAGACCAGCCACCGACGAAGAGAUACUCGCCGUGCACACGCCGGCACAUCUCAAUAGAUUAAAAGAAUUGGCGACAACGAAGCUUAGAGAUUUAAAUAGUCAAAAGGAUAAAUACGACUCGAUAUACUUCCACCCGGACUCGCUGGAGAGUGCUGCUGUAGCGACCGGCUGUGUUUUGGAGAUGGUGGACGCGGUGUUGUCCGGUCGCGUGGGGGCAGGCACGUGCGCGGUGCGGCCGCCCGGCCACCACGCGGACUGCGAGGUGCCGAGCGGGUUCUGCCUGGUCAACAGCGCCGCCGCCGCCGCCGCGCACGCGCUGCUGCAGCACGGCCUGCCGCGCGUGCUGCUGCUCGACUGGGACGUGCACCACGGCAACGGCACGCAGCGGAUCACAUACAACGAUGACAAGAUACUAUACAUGUCAAUACACCGGUACGACGACGGCUCAUUCUUCCCGCACUCGAAGGAGGCGAACUACACAGCGGUGGGUGAGGGGCGCGGGGAGGGGUACAAUGUCAAUAUUCCCUGGAAUAAGCGCGGCAUGGGCGACACGGAAUACUUAGCGGCGUUCACGCAAGUGGUGCUGCCCAUCGCGUACGAGUACAACCCGGAAUUGGUCAUCGUGUCCGCCGGGUUCGACGCCUGCGUCGGAGACCCGCUAGGAGGCUGUAAUGUGUCACCAGAGUGCUACGGGAGAAUGACAACAUUCUUGCGAGGUCUAGCAGGCGGCCGCGUCAUACUGUGCCUAGAAGGAGGCUACAAUGUCACCAGCAUCUCUUACGCCAUGACCAUGUGCACUAAAGCCCUCCUCGGUGACCCCAUACACCACCAUUAUGACCCCAAACAGGCCCCACACUGGUCCGCUAUAGAAACUAUCAAUAACGUCAUCAGAACACACAAGAAAUAUUGGAAAAAUCUGAAAUUUCAAUUGGCAUUACCAAUAGAGAAUGUUCUAGAAGAGCCUUUACCGUCACGAGGACUGGUAAUAUCUGAUGAACAGAAUAAUACGAAUGAGAAAAUAGAGACAUCUCUAUCAAGUACCAUAGAGAGUCAGUCAGAUCGUUCACUAGAAAUCAAUAUGGCUAACUUGAACAUAGACAAACCAAAGUGUUUGGAUGGUAUACAUUGUGGUACAGAUGAUGAAGACGAUAAAGCAGAGAGUUCGAAUGAGAGAAAAGAAAAAAGUUCCGAAGGAGGUUCGAGCGCGAAGGCCGGGAAUACAUUAGUUGAUUAUUUAGCUGAGAAUAUGCAAGCUUUAGUCGACGGAGAGAUGUUUGCGGUGGUUCCUUUGUCUUGGUGUCCCCACUUGGAAUCGUUAUACGCGAUUCCAAGCGAUGUGAAGUUUGAACAGGGAACAAAGUGUGUUGACUGCGAGGAGACUGCCGAGAAUUGGGUGUGUCUGCACUGUUAUGUCACGGCAUGCGGGCGCAGUAUCCGCGGCCACAUGCAGGCACACUACGCAGCUACUCAACACCCGCUCGUCCUGUCCCUCCUCGAUCUGUCGGUGUGGUGCAGCGCCUGCGACGCCUACGUCGACCACUCGCUGCUGUAUGAUGCGCGCAACAACGCGCACCGCUGCAAGUUCGGUGAGGACAUGCCCUGGUGCUACAAGAAUGACACUAUACACAUGCAGUAGCUGGUUUAACGGACGACAAUAGUAAGAUAAUAAGUGAGAGAUGACAGCAAGUAAGUUGACUGAUUGUAAAGAAUAUAUUAGAAGUUAACAAUGGUAUCUAGAAGGGAGAUCGUGCUUUAUAUUGCUAGCAAUGGAAUAUCAAUUGUUAACAGUAUGGAGCACGCUAGUUUUCGGUACUAAUGAUCCCCCCCCCCCUCCUUCAAUACACGUUUAGUAGCGUCGUCCUCGUUACCUAAUAACUUUUAUUGAUUUGUAAACAAAGAUAUUCCAUCCUAUAUAAUAUGAGGUACCUUACUUACUACUUAACUUGUUUAGUUAACCUUUAGCAUCAUUUGAGUGUUGUCCCAACAACACUUAUUGAAGCACAAAAGUCGGAAAUAGACAAAAUGUUUUGAGCUUCCCAUACCAAUGUGGUCCAUCAAGCUGUGAAGUUAAUAUGAGAGGCUCAAAGUUUUUUAUCAUUUUCAACCCAUCUUUGUUUGAUAAAAAAAUGUUCAGUAUUUAAUUACGCCUUACAAAAUAUUGCACUUUCUGUUUGAUUCUGAGGUAGCUAAUGUUACUCUACUCUUAUUGUCUUUGUCAACCUAUAAGGAAUCGAAAGAGAUGGCACAUAUUUUAAUUAAGCGGAAUUAGCUAAGCACUAAUUCACUUUACUAAUGUAUUAGUGUCCUUUCGUUGCCUGAUUCCGAUAUAGCUAUAUCACUACUAUCUUUGUUGAAUUCGGAAAAUUCGUGAAAUAUAGCACAUAUUUUUAUAAUGGUUAUAGUAUUAUGACUUAGAAUCGACUAAAAACUUGUUACGUUUUUAUCUUAUGUAUGAUAAAAUAAUUGAAUAAACACAACAAUUAAUGAUAACAUAUCUUGUAGUCCUAAACAAGUUUGAGUUUGGUUAAUAUGAAACAGUGUCAGCAACUUCUGGGCUAGAUAUAAUUAUGUUUUAUUAUGGGUACGGUGAAAGCCACUUAGAGAUAAAUUCUAACACACUAGUCCACUAAGUUGUGAUGAGCUUAACAUUGGAUGAUAUAAAUAUUAUGUCCAAACUAUAAUUGAAGAUUUUCAUCGCUACCAAAUAAUGGUAAUAGUCUCUAAAGGGAGGCAUGUUUAUACUAUUGACUCACAUAGCACCGCAUAGAGAAAAAUUAACAAUUUUUGUAUUAACUCUCUCAAAUUAUAUUUUAUUUAAAUGACACUUUAGACCAUUGUAUGCUGACUUCACACAACAAUUUAACAAUUUAGAUAUAUCUAUGGUAACUUAUUAUAAGAAUUUAACAAUUAAAACAAAAUAUUAAUAAUGUUAAUAUUACUAAUCAUUUUGAUAAUGGUAUCCGGCUCGAAGGACCAUAAUUUUUUGUUUGCAUUUCAUUGUAAUUAUUAAUGUCAUAAAACAUGACUUUUUAUUAUUUAUACUUUUUUUUUUAUUUGUCAUUCCAAUUGAGAAUAGGUUUUUUUUUUUAUUACUUAUUAAUUACGGUUUGUAAAUUAUGUACUUUAUUUAUCUACGCGCCCCUAUUGGAAGGCUAUAAAUUUGAAUUUCUAUGAAUUUCAGUACAAUUAAAAGCCAUUUUGAACACUUCUUUAUUUGCACUCUAGUUUUAAUAGUACACAUACACUAAUUACAGUUACGGGACGGAGUGCAAUAUAGUAGCACAGUCUAAACAACUAAUCUACCAGUCAUUCAACUGGCACAUUAGACAGCAAUAUAUUCCGAAUUGCCAUAUAAAUUAUACAUACCGGAGGUGUUGGACCACUGGUUAUUACAUACACUGUGACACCAUUAUAGUGAUAUGCAGUCGAUUUGCCAUAUUUUGCCUCGUAUAUAUUAUUUAAUAUCAGUGUACUACCAAAUGACUGUAUAUUUAAUGUAAAUACUCACCUAUACACCUUGUGUAUAUUUAUUUAUUUUGAUAUGUAUGUACAUAUAUAUUACAAUUAGAUUUGUUAGACAUAAUAUAUUGUUAAAUACUAUUAUUUAUUAUAAGGGCCGUGUCGAUUUUCAGAUGUCCACGAGUUCAUUGUUGAUAAAUAAACAUUGCAUGUCUCCACUUUUAUCCUAUAACGAAAAAGGAAACAAUAAUAAAGACUACUUUUAAUUUCAUUAAUUAAUUUAUUGUUAUAUUUUUGACAGUAUUAAAUCUUUUUUUUUAUACAACUUAGAAUGGCAAACAAGCUGACGGCCCACCUGAUGGAAAGUGGUAACCGUCGCCUAUAGACAUGAGCAGUACCAUGGACAUAACAGAGUAUACUGUUUCGCCCAUGAUACCCCGCAUGCGUUGCCAUUCCUGAGGACUCAGGUGUUAUUCCUCUGUACCCUGUAAAUUCACGCCAUAUCUCACCCUUUAAACCGAAACACAGUCAUGCAAACACAACUGCUUCACGGUUGAAACACUAAUGGAGCAGAGGUACCCAAGCAAUCGACUUUUGUACAAAGUCUCCCUCUGGUAAUAAAUAUUAUCUUAAAUAUUGUAUCAUCAUAUCAGCCUUUAACUGUCCACUGCUGACCCAUAAGCCUCCCCCUUGUGGGGUUUUGCCACUAGUUGCCAAUCUUGUGAGGCAAAUUGGCAACCCCAGUUGUGGUGACGUUUUAAGGUGGCUGCUAUUGCCUAUCCCUCGUCCUUCUUAGUCGGCCUUUCGACACCCACGAGAAAGAUAGAGCUGGCUUAUUCUAUGCCGGGACAAUACGGCGGAUUAAAUAUUGUAUAGUGUGCUGUAAAGACAUCUUAAUCAGCCAUAAGCUGCAGUCAAAUAAACAAAAUAAUAUUAUUUUGGAGUCAGUUAUUAAUUGUAUAUUUAAUAAUAAUAAUAAAUAAUAUAAUUACAAUAUUUUUCCAUUACUGUAUUAUAUAAUAUUCUAUUGUUUUUGAUGAAUGCAUUGGUAAAUCUGUAAGCUCGCCAAAAAUGUGAAUUCUAUGGACAAAUAUCGUCCUACUGUAAGACCUACCAAUCAGGAACAGCCUUCGGAUAGUUGACGAUUUUACGUGUGACAGAUUGUGAUUUAACAGUUUCACUUCGAUUGAUUAUAAUCUACCGAAAAAUAAUGCGUCAAAUUGUAAGCAGUAUGCGACGGUUCACAAUCUUUCGACAGUUUACAAUCUCGCGAGAUAGAUUGUAAUCUAACAGUAUUUACAAUCUUACAGUGACAUAUAUAUUAUAAAUAAAUGAAUAAAUAUUUAUGACACAACGACAUUAAUAUUUUUUUUUAAAUAUGGUUAUAUAAAUAGUAGUAAAAGCUAAUAUCUUAACAAAUAAAUAUUUAAGAACCCAGUAUUCAAAACUGAUGCUUUAUUAGAGGCAAAAAAUGUGUUUAUUUUACCCGUUUCAAUUUCGAAUUUCGUUGUGAAUAUUUGGUAUUUAAAUUAAUUUGACUGUUUAUGUGUAUAAACUAGAUUGUUGUCUGAGAUUUAUAACCUAGUUCGACCUAGGGAGACUUUGUACAAAAAUCAUUUGCUUGGGUACCUCUGUCCCAUUCAUGUUGUAACCGUGAAGCAGUCGUAUUUGCAUGGCUGUGUUUCGGUUUGAUGGGUGGGAUAUGGCGUGAAUUUACAGGGUACAGAGGAAUAACACCUGAGUCCUCUGGAAUGGCAACGCAUGAGGGUAUCAUAGGCGAAACAGUAUACUCUUUUAUGUUCACAGUAUUCCUCAUAUUUAUAGGGGACGGUUACCACUUUCCAUCAGAUGGGCGGUCAGCUUGUUUGCCAUUCUAAGUUGGAUAAAAAAAUAGUUCAAACACAGACGUUUAAUUCGAUCUAAAUGCACAAAUGUAUUUGAGUAUUCGUACUUACGUUUACUGUAAUUUCCAGUACUGAGUUUGUUACAAUCAUGGUUUUUUUUUUCAUUUAUUUGGGAAAACUAACAGUUACAAAAUAAAGAAUAAUACAUAAUAUUAAUCAAAGAAAACAUUGUGUAAAUUUGCCACCAACACCGUUUACCACAGUUUCAAUUCAAAUAUAAUACAAAUAGCUUACGCAAAGAACAGUUAAAAAUUACAUGAAUCUUUUAGAGAUUAGCUUUUUAAAAGUGCUUGGGCGUUCAUUAAUAAUAUCAACAUCAUUAAAUAAAGCGUUAUAUGAAUUCACAAGUCUAUACAAAGGUGACCGUUUUCCAGAAUUUGUACGACAGCGACUAGUGGCAAAAAGACUAUUUGGAUAACGGCAAUGCACUCUAGUGAGUAUUCUAUAACACAACUUAUUAAUAAUUGGACUACAGUCAUAUCUAUUAUGACACAAAUCAUAUAAAAGCAUAGUUUCUAAAUACGUCAAUGAUUGAGUUUAAUUGAAUGAAUGAAUGAAUGAAUAAAUGGUUUAUUUUCUCUUCACAAAAGGUAGAAUAAAGUGACAACUUGAGGUACAAUUUGAUAUGAAGACCAAUUUUGUGAGAGACUGGUGCUUGCGAUAGGUUUAGAAGAACCUGUAUUACAAGUCACCAGUGCCCCAUCUCCAUGGACUACACAAAUACAAGGCAACCAAAUAGUGUCAUAAUACACAGAUAACAAUAAUAAGAUAUAAAGUGCAAAUUACUUGACAAAUAUAAUUAAUUUAUAUUUUUUUUUUGUGCUAUGUACUGGAUUUGAGUUCCCAAGCACUUGCGUUUGCGCUUUUGGUGUACGCUCGCAUAUGCCAAGGUUUGCAGCUGGUUAACUUAUAAUAUGGAUGAUGGAUUUGGGCUUCAACAUUUAGUGGGUACUGAGAGCAUGAUCUUUCUGAUGCGGAUUGAUGGACGAUGAGUUGUCAUGGUGAGGUUUACAAUUUGCAGGUUGGCAGUUGAUGGAGUUGAUAGAAAAUUUUGGAGAAGAUUUGAGAGUUUAUGAAGAGGGUGAGUAUUGUAAUUAAUUUAUAUUUGUCAAGUAAUUGUUCUAGCGAUAGAGUUAUUAUAGAUGGACUAUAAUUUGACGUAGGUAUCUGACUUUGCCGCGUUACGGUUUACAUAUCUAGCGAUUAUCCACUAUGUGGAUGUUAAAGAUUAUCAAUAUUGAUAUAGUGAUAAUGGUCGACGAAUAAAUGCGAAAAAUAUUUU